AUGCCAAGUCCUCAACAUUCGGUGCUUCCCAAUGCUCACAGAAUAUGGCAAAUUGACGAGAUCGCGUUCAGUCCGCCCGCGCUGGACAUUCUCUGGUACAAGCUGAACGGGCUAUCACCGCUUUUCAGUUUGCUCCCUUCCUCGAUCAAAGAAGAGGGCGUGGGUGCCACGGUGCUCAGUGACGCCAUACCGGACUCCGACUGGGCACGCAUCGCAUUGUACACUCGCCGAGUGCGCAAGCUGCACUACCAGAACGCCCACGGGCCCUGGGAGCACCUCGGCCAUGAUGCGCUCUGCGCUCUGCUCCGACGUGCGUACGCCGCGGACACGGCGCUCUUCCCCAAUCUGCAAGACCUCUCCUGGCUUCAGUUUAGCGCGACAGCGCAAUGUCUUCCAUUCGUCGCACCAUCUUUGCAGCGGCUGUCUCUUUACGUCUACCCCUCCGAUCCUCCAUCUCCGAUCACCGUCCAACAAGCGCCACCUGGCCACCCCGAGGUCGCACAUGGCUUGCCUCCGCGCACAGGCUACGGCGGUUUCAUCCCGCACCUUGCCUCCCGCUCUCCCGACGUCGAGGAGCUCGCCCUCGAAGGCGUCGACGCCCCCUUCGCCCUCGCCCCGCCCCCCACGCUGCCCGCCCCCGUCGCCUUCGCCCGGCUCCGCGUCCUCCACCUCGGCAGCAUCUCCACCCCCACCCACAUCGUGCUCGCGCAAUGCAGCGCGAUGCCUCGCCUCGCCUCGCUUUCCCUCACCUUCUCCAGCCACGCCCACCCCGACACCGCCCCCUCUCCGACCACCUCUCACGACGCUGAGAACGACGAUCGCCCCUCCCUGCGCGCGCUCGAAUCUCUGCGCGCGUCCGGCACCCCCGACCAGCUCGCGGCGGUGCUCGCCGCGACGACCGCGCCCGCCCUGCGCUCCGUCCACCUCGCGCUCUCCCUCCCGAGCACCGACGGCACGCCCAGCCCCGCGCGCUCCGACGCGGCGCCCCCGAGCACCGGCGCCGCCGCCGACUGCGCGCGCGCGCUCGCCCCCCUCGCCGCCACGCACGCGUCCACCCUGCGCGCGCUCCGGCUCGAGUGCGCAGCGCCCACGCGUUCCACCCACGCGCACGCCCCGCGCUCCGUCGCGGAGUACGUGCGCCCGCUGCUCGCGCUGCGCGGGCUCCGCCGCGUCGCGCUCGCGCUCCACGACCCCGCGGGCGUGGGCAUGGACGACGGCGACGCGGCGGAGCUCGCGCGCGCGUGGCCCGCGCUCGCCGCCCUCUUCGUCUCGCUCUCCGCGCCGCACCGGGAGCAGGAGCGCGCGCCGGUGCAAGGGCCGGACCCGCGUGCGCCGCGGCCCGCGGGGGUGCCGCGCCCGUCCGUCGCGAGCCUGCGCGCGUUCGCGGCGGGGGGGUGUGCCGCGCUCGAGUCGCUGCGGAUCCCGGUCGACGCGGACGUGGGGAUGCUGUGCGAGCCGGGGUGCGAGGUCGGCGCGGCGGAGGGCGGGGCGAGCAAUGGGGCGCUGAAGACGCUGUGGCUGGAGGGGGUGCGGUUCUCGCGCGCGGACAGCGGGCGGGUGGUGCCGUUCCUCCAGCGAUGCUUCCCGAACGUGGACUUGAAGCCGAUGGUGGAUGCGGGAGUUGUGCGCACGGACUUUGCUUGGCCCGUCUAG